AUGUCCGCGCCAAUAGAGCAAGAAGGUCGCAACGAUACCUCAACACUACCGAGUUUACAUCAUGAUGGGUCUUCAUAUAUCGCUGAGGAGACUGAAGAGUCGCCCAAGCGGGGAAUCAUCGCUUCUACAAGAGUAUUAUCGGUGAUCACUCCCAAGGACAUUCAUAUUGCGUAUGCUGCGUACACACUGCUGGCUUUAGGAAUUGCCUUUGCUCAGUAUACUCAAUCUACCUUCACAGCUUACGCAACAAGUGCGUUCAAGAGUCAUUCGGAGCUCGCGGCGGCCGGUGUCGUCUCCCGAGUCUUCUCCAUGUGUGCUUAUGCCUUGAUCAUUAGUUAUUCGAUGAUGGCAGGCUGCAGAAAUGUCCAAACGUAUGUCGGGGCCAAUGUCUUCAGUGGUCUGGGCUCUACCUCUUAUGAAAUCGCUAUUCAGAUCUACAUUGCCGAGACCACCCCGAUUGUCAGUCGUGCUUUAUGGAAUGUCGCUGCAGACUCUUUCAGCUACGGCAUUUGGUCUAUCAUUAACGCCGUUUUAGCGGUACCUUUCAUUUGUAUUCUUGUGUCCUGGCAUAAUCGUGUUGGGCAAAAUUCCCAAAUCGAGCCGCUCCCUGCAAGAACCACUAUUUUUGAUCAACUGUUUCAUCAGUAUGAUAUCGUUGGGGUCUGCCUUUUGGUCGCAAGUGUGGCAUUGAUAUUAGUCCCUUUGACACUUGCGAAAGGUUUAGCUGCAAAAUGGACUGACCAAAACAUAGCGAUGAUCUGUGUUGGCUUCGGCUUACUGCUACUUUUUGUCGGGUGGUCCUUGCCAAAGAAAUACCGACCUUCCUGGCUGUUCACACCUAGGCUUCCAAUGAUACCUUGGUACACUCUCAAAGAUCGGAGUGUUUUGGCAAUGUUUGUUAUCAACAUGUGCGAUUUCAUGUCUUAUGGGUGCUUCACCACGUACUUUCAGAGCUUCCAACAAGUAGCCGUCCGCGUAUCUCCAGCAAAAGCAUCCCAAAUAGACAACACCUUACGAAUCGUGUUUCAGGUUACCGCCGUAGUGGUAGGUUUAGUGAUGCGAUUUUGGACGCCCUUGUGCCGUAAAUUGGGAUUGGGUGAACGUCGUUUCCAUACAAAAUGGCCGAUCUGGAUCGGUAUCCCUCUGUGUGCCAUUGGUAUCGCCAUUGUUCCAGAGAUCGAUGUUGAUGAUCAGAUGUUCCAAACUUCUUCGCAAGUCGCUAUCCAAGCGGCUGUGAAGCGAGGAGAAUUAGCCAUGGCUACGGGUAUCUUCUAUUUUGCCAUGUCCUUGGGAGGCGCAAUCGGGGUGGCUGUUGCCGGUUCCAUUUGGUCCGAAAUUCUUCCUGAUGCAAUCCGUAAUAACCUGCCAGUUGCGUCCAAAAGUCUGGCGCAGACGAUCUUUCUCGCGAUCGUAGCAACCUGCUUACAAGUACCCAUGCUUAUCUCGAUGUUUUUCGUCAAAGAUGUUAUCUUGACUGAAGAGGAAGAAGUUCUACAUGCUGGGAGAAGACUUGGCUUAGACAGAAAGAAAGAGAAUAGACUGUCUGUCGAGCGCAAAGGUGACAGCGAUGUGGAAAAGUAA